UGGCCAACAAAACCGUGGAAACCAAACAAGGAUACUUAAUACUGCAUCAUUUUACAAUUCACAAAUUGCAUUAGGGUUAGGGUUUUUCUCCAUAUUUCUGAAAUUGAAUUUAGAUGACUGACUACGAUUUUCGAUCGGAAGAUAUGAGUACUGAUCAUGCGAAAUCCUCACCUCGAAGAGGAUCUGAUGAUCGAAGCUCUCGUUCCAAGCAUAAGUCGCGGGAGCUGGAUCAAGAGAUGCCGAGGUCAAGAGAUAGAGAACGAGAGCAUCAUCGAGGACGGGAUAGGAGAGAUGAUCGUGAUCGUGAUAGUCAUCGUAGGGAUUAUAGAGAUAGAAAUGGCAGGGAUGAAAGAAGAAGAGAUCAUGGUGGCCGUGAUUAUGAUAGGUCUUAUGAUAGAGAAAAGAGGCAUAGAGCUAGAUCACGCUCUCGCUCACCAUCUCAUUCAAAGAGCAAGCGGACAAGUGGCUUUGACAUGGCUCCACCUGAAGCCAAUUUUAUGUCCAGUACUCCAGUGCAAGGUUCACAAGAUCAAUUACCAGGUGUGCCUCAGCCAGUACCAGGGCUAUCACAGAGUAUGUUCACUGGAGGACCAGCUCAGUUGGGUACCAUGUCUUUGAUGCCAGCACAAUUUAUGACUCAACAGGCUACUAGGCAUGCUCGCCGAGUCUAUGUUGGUGGGCUUCCUCCUUCAGCUAAUGAGCAGACAAUUGCGACCUUCUUCAGCCAAGUUAUGACCGCAAUAGGUGGAAAUGCUGCUGGUCCAGGGGAUGCAGUUGUCAAUGUGUAUAUUAAUCAUGAAAAAAAGUUUGCUUUCGUAGAAAUGAGAUCUGUUGAAGAAGCAUCCAAUGCAAUGGCAUUGGAUGGCAUUUCCUUUGAGGGUGUUUCUGUAAGAGUGAAGAGACCGACUGAUUAUAAUCCAGCCUUAGCUGCCGCUCUUGGCCCAAGCCUACCAAGUCCCCAUCUAAAUCUGGCUGCUGUUGGCCUUGUGCCAGGUGCUGUAGCUGGGACAGAAGGACCUGAUCGUAUCUUUGUAGGUGGCAUACCUUACUAUUUUAAUGAAGUGCAGAUGCGAGAGUUGCUACAGUCAUUUGGACCGUUGAAGGCAUUUGACCUGGUGAAGGAUAGAGACACAGGGAAUUCCAAGGGCUAUGGUUUUUGUGUAUAUCAGGAUGCAGCAGUUACUGAUAUUGCCUGUGAUGCCCUGAAUGGCUUGAAAAUGGGGGAUAAGACUUUAACUGUAAGAAGAGCUGCUGUUAGCAGUGGGCAGGCAAAAUUAGAGCAUGAAAAUCUCUUGGCUCAUGCACAGCAACAUGUAGCCAUGCAGAAAAUGGCUUUCGAAGCUGGUGGUUUCAAUCUUCUUGGUGUCACAUUACCAACUUCGACGACCACAGAAAUCCCUACUAAAAUUCUUUGCUUGAAUCAGGUGGUUAAUAUUGAUGAACUGAGAGAUGAUAAUGAGUACGAAGAAAUUGUAGAAGAUAUGAGGGAUGAAUGCGGGAAAUUUGGAGUCUUGUUGAGUGUAAUUAUUCCUCGGCCCAAUAUGGAGGGGAAUCUGCUUCCUGGUGUUGGGAAGGUGUUCUUGGAGUAUGCUGAUACUGUCGCCUGUGCUAAUGCAAAGAACAUGCUCGGAGGACGAAAAUUUGGCGGCAAUACUGUCACUGCUGAUUACUAUCCUGAAGACAAAUUCUAUAGUGCUGAUUACAGCGGGUGAAAGGUUACAAUGUGGUAGCUUGUGAGAUGUACAGGCCAUUACUCUCCUUUUUUCUCCACCUUUUUUUGUUUGUUUUAGCACUUUUAGUGGCAGAGUACAUAUCUGCUGAUGUAUUCUAUGAUCGACUUUUCUUAGCUGCCUACUUAGUCUCAUACUUUAUCAGAAAUUGUUGUGUACUGUUUAAGAAUCAGCAAUCUAUCCUAUUCUAUCCUGUAUUUA